GUCGCGAUUGUGAGUCUUUUUAAAUUCGUUAUACAACGCACGUGCGCGCUGUCACGAGUAUAGAGAGCCGCAUUAUGCGUUCGUUUAUCGCCGGGUGCACUUGCAUGUCGCGAAACCGCGGACGCGUUUAAUUAAUUAUUAUCGAAUCGACGGCGGUUGCCGCCGCAAGAGUAUAAUCGAGUUCAAUUAACCGGAUCUCUAAUUCGACCAACACACUCAUUCCCCACCCGAAGAUGAUGCUGGUGUAUUGUUUUAAUUCAGUAACUAUAUUACAGAAUGAUAUUUAUUAAUCGCACAUCACAUUACUCGAGCGACGAUAUGUCGAUGACUGCUCCAGAAUUGACAGUCAGACGACCGGUCUACCAGCAGGACCAGCUUAAUCACUUGUGUAAAUACGUGAAGCCCAAGAGAAUCCUUAGAAAUGAACUGUCAAGACGAUGCAAAAGUAUCAAGCCAAUUACGCUUUUAAAAAAAUCGAUACCCCUAAUCGAUUGGCUUUCUUCGUAUAAUUGGAAAAAUAAUAUUUUGGGAGAUGUUGUUGCUGGAAUUACUGUUGCAGUAAUGCAUAUUCCGCAAGGUAUGGCGUAUGCUAUUUUGGGCAAUGUUCCACCAAUUGUUGGUAUAUACAUGGCUUUUUUCCCGGUCCUGGUAUAUUUUUUCCUCGGGACAUCCAGACACAAUUCUAUGGGUACGUUCGCGCUCGUCUGCAUGAUGACUGGAAAAGUCGUUACUACAUACAGUACCAGUGCAAUUUCGGCAAAUAGCACGUCAAGCGAGAACGGUACCUUAAUUUCCGCCAUAAACCAUCAAUACUCGCCGGUAGAAGUUGCAACCGCAGUUACAUUCACGGUUGCCCUUAUACAGUUAGGAAUGUACGUGCUGCGUUUGGGCAUAAUCUCGUCUCUCCUCGCGGACAGCCUCGUGAGUGGAUUCACGACUGCAGCGGCGAUGCACGUGUUUACAUCGCAAAUAAGGGAUCUCUUCGGGCUGAGCGACUUGCCACGACGCAGGGGUGCGUUUAAGCUUAUUCUCACUUACGUAGACAUUUUCAACAGUAUAAACGACAUCAAUUUAACUGCCGUAAUAUUAUCUUGCAUCACUAUCUUAGCACUUCUUUUCAACAAUGAAGUUCUUAAGCCAAGAGUCUCAAAGUUAUGUCCCUUCCCGAUUCCUAUCGAAAUGCUUGCGGUAGUAAUCGGCACUCUGCUAUCGAUGCAAAUGAAUCUUGCGGAUACUUACAACGUGAUAACUGUUGGCGAUAUACCGGUCGGAUUGCCAGUUCCUUCGGUACCACCGUUAUCGCUUAUAUCUGACAUCUUAGUAGAUAGUUUCGUGAUUACCAUGGUCGCUUACACAAUAUCAAUAUCUAUGGCAUUGAUUUUCGCGCAAAAGAUGGGCUAUGAGAUCGAUUCCAAUCAAGAACUGAUGGCACAGGGACUAGGAAAUCUUGUAGGCUCCUUCUUUUCUUGCAUGCCUAUCUCGGCUUCGUUAUCCAGAACUUUGAUUCAGCAAACUGUGGGCGGACACACACAGCUGGCAAGCUUAAUAUCAUGCGCAAUCCUAGUCAGCGUAUUAUUAUGGAUCGGUCCAUUCUUUCAGCCUUUGCCUCGAUGUAUUCUAGCGAGCAUAAUCGUGGUGGCGUUGAAAGGGAUGCUGAUGAAGGUGACCGAUUUUAUAAAAUUUUGGAGACUGGACAAGACGGACGCCGGCAUUUGGGCCGUCACUUUUAUUGUCGUGAUACUCUUUGACGUCGAGUAUGGCUUAUUGGUUGGCGUGCUUCUCUGCAUCGGACGACUACUUGUUCUCGCGAUGCGCCCUUACACGUGCAAGCUCGCCCUAGCACCCGGCACCGAGCUCUAUCUGGACGCCAGGAGAUACAAAGGAACCGUAGAAAUUCCUGGUAUAAAAAUAUUCCAUUAUUCCGGCAGCCUGAACUUUGCGUCCAGGCAAUAUUUUCGUGAGGGAGUGUACAAGAUUGCGGAGCUAGUGCCUCAAAAAGAGCUAAACAGACGACUGAAAGUUUCGUCUAACGGCAUCGCGACGGAGGAAAUUAAAAAGCGGCUACGAAUUCUCAUAUUGGACUUCACCGCGCUGUCGCAUAUCGAUCUGGCAGGUGCGAAUGCGAUGCGAAGCAUCGUCGAUGAGUAUUGCGGGAUAAAAGUAUCAGUUUAUAUAACGGGUUGUUCCGGUCCAGUUUAUGAAAAGAUGAGAAAGUACAACCUAGACGAGCACAACGAGAAUCAUUUCUUUGCCAUGUUUCCCACCGUCGCCGACGCUGUGCAUUUCGCACGUUCUUACAGCGAAGUGCCGUCGAUACCUACGUGGAAUACUCGGAUUCACGAUGAGAACUGCAUCAGCAGACUAUGAGACCCGCCUGAGAAUAGCGUUAUGGUAUACAAAAAAGGACGAGUCGUCAUUUUUCUUUAUUGUCACAAAUAUUUAUCACGAAUAUUUAUACGCUGCAUGAUGUUUAAUGCAAGGAUUCCAUUUAUCUAAUAUAUGUAGGUGCUCCAAUACAAUAAGUAUUUGGCACAAUGAUGAUUGGUGCGCGAAUAGUAUUUUAUCGUAUAUUUUUUAUAAAUUUUAACUAAGAAAAGUUUCUCGAAAGAAAUAUCGCGAAUCCUUAAAUGACAGCGGAUUAUUCAUGUGUCACAGUAGGUGAAAGAUAGGUGCAAAUUGAACUCGAAAAAUAGGCAGAAUAUAAUAAUAAAAUUAAAUAAAGAAAUAUAAAGUUGAAUUUUGUUAAUCAAU